AUGAAAUUACUGAAAAAUGGUGAACAACCUGCUAGCAAUAAGGUAAUAAAGUUAAAGACAGAGGAACUUAGUGAUAAGGUAGAGCCAAAGAAAGUUCUAAUUCGGUGGUUAGCCUCUCCAAUUAAUCCAGCUGACAUCAACCAGGUUCAAGGUGUUUAUCCAGCUAAACCACCACUUCCUGCUGUUGGAGGAAUUGAAGGUGAUCAUGUAAUUCCGCUUCGCUGUGGUGUAGGAACUUGGCAAACCUGUAAUUAUUAUGAUGAGCAAGAUUUAAUAAAGAUUGAUAAUGAUAUACCAGUAGAAGCUGCAGCUUGUUUCCAAGUGAAUCCAUCGACCGCCUAUCGUAUGUUAACCGACUUUGUCGACUUACAACCCGGAGAUUUAGUAAUACAAAAUGGAGCUAACUCUACAGUGGGAAAAGCUGUUGUACAGAUAGCUCACGCUCGCGGCCUACGCACUUUGAAUGUGAUACGAAAGUCUGAUCACUCAGACAGUGCAGCUAAGGAACUGAAAAAAUUGGGGGCUGAUAUGGUGCACACGGAAGACGAAAUGAUCAAGGAGCUUUUUUUAACUACGCAAGAGACUACUUUUCUCUUGAGGUUCACGGCUUUCACGGCUUUUUUAUAUGCUCUAGUAUAUGACUUACUUUCCAAUUAUUCAACACUGUAUUUACAGAUAAAAGAUGCUAAGUUGGCUCUGAAUUGCAUUGGUGGAAAAAGUACUUUAAUACUUGCUAGCUGUCUUAGCAAAGGUGGUGUGAUGGUUACAUAUGGAGGCAUGAGCAAGCAUGCCAUUCAAGUACCGACAGGCCCGCUGAUCUUUAAGGAUAUUCAGUUGAAGGGAUUUUGGGUGACCGGCUGGUACGCUCGUCCAGAAAAUAUGGCGGUCAGUCCAAUUCAGUGCUUUUCGAUGGUUCUUUCAUUAGAAAAAAUGGCCAAGAUGUUCCAUGACCUUUCCAAACUAGUUCGUGAAGGAAAACUGAAGUCACCAGAUUAUGAUAAACGACGCUUGGAAGAUUACCAAGUAGCGUUUGAUAUUGCGGAGAGUGGAAGUGGAAAGAAGCAGCUAUUUGUUAUGUAG